GCCCGCCUUUUAUGAUCUUUCCUCUUCUGCCCCUCGCACUAUGGGCCCCAGUCCCAGGAGCCUAUUCCGCACAGCGAAGGGGAGCAGGAUAAAGUAAGUAUCAAGAGUCUUCAUGUGUUGUCUGACAUUCCUGGCCAGGACAAGAUGGCAGUAAAGCCGGAAAUAAUCAUGGCGGCUGCAGCCGGGGAGGGCUUCCCUAGCCCAGGAGGCAUAGAGAAGGACCUGCUGCCCCAUCACUAUACCAUCCAAGGGGCGCCCAGUGUGUCCCCUCCCAGUACACCAUCUGUCCCAAGCAUUGUAGUAGCAGCUGCUGCCAGCAGGGGUCCUGCCAGUAAGGCCAUUGCUGGGGCCCCCCCGGGGAUGGGGACAGCCACAGCAGGCAGCCAGGGGCCUGGCGUAAGUGUAGCCCCAGCUGGGACUGCAACUGGGCAGGUAACAGAGACCGUGUCUGCCAGCAGUGUUAGUCUAAUGCUGGCUGGCGCUGCCAGCAUGUCACCAGACUCGGUGAGCAUGGCUUCGGUAGGCACUGGCAGCCUGUCGCCCUCGGGCCACGUGAGUGUGGCCUGUGCUGGAGCUGGGAGUGUGGCGGGCCUAGGAACCGUCACCCCGCUCAGGCCCGAGUAUCCCCUGGUGUCAAGCUUGCAGAGCGAGGGCGACAUGAGUGAGCGGGACGGAAGUCAGAGGGUGACCAUGGCCAGUCCAAAGGUAUCCACGAAAGGGAUGUCAUCGCGGAGGCACUCCCAGCGCAGAGAAGGCCGAGCUCACAGACAGGCCAAGAAGGAAGGCAGCAGUGGCCAGAGGAGGUCAUCCCGGCGGGCUGUGACUUCCAGGGAGACGCAGAAAUCCAACCACCAGCCCGGGGGAAGCCGCCACAGCCCAUCUUCCCACAAAGCCACCAGCCGCAGCCCAUCUGUAAAGGAUUCCAGGUGAGAGGAGUUGCUUGCCAGCUG